AUGAAGAGAGAGAAGCAACCGCUCGUCAUCUCUCUUCCUCCGACCCUCGUCGUGCACCAUCUGUCUGCCAUUACUUCUCCGUCGUUCCAUCGUCAAGCGCCGUCUUGGUCUGACCAUUUUCCGUCGCGUCAGCAUGAUCGUCUAGCCGUCAAAACUCAUCGCAUCAAACCUCCGCAUCUACUGCACUUCGUCGGUCAUGUUCUCCUUCGUCGUUUGCCGGCAAGUGUCGCGGUCUAUUUGCGAACCGCCACCAAGCCAUCUCUUGCUCCCAAGCCAUCUCCAAGCCCCGUCCGAGCUGGCUUCUUUGUGAGCCUAGCCGUGAGCACAUCCAAGCUGAGUUGUCCUCUACCAGCAGCAACCCAAGCCGUCCUUAUCCACCAAGCCGCACGCGCGAGCCGCCUAUUUAUUUCAAGCCGAUCUGGUUUUCUUAAGCCAAGCCACCAACCCAGUUUUAGUCCUAUUAAACCUAUUUUUGGACUGAUUAGAUCAAAUUGGGAGGUUGCGCUGUGGAAUUUUCCUAAAUCAAGGUUAAAUUGGAAUUCUACCUCUACUUUGGGUGUUUCUUUGUGUUCAUGGAAGACCAGUUUUGUCCUAGGUAUUCCUUUGGGUUCACCGAAUACCAGAGAUGUUCCUAUGGGAUCACAGAUUGCACUUGUUCAGGAAUGCGCCAGUUUAAGGGAAAAGGUAGAGGUAGAGGAAAGUCGACGAAUGACAAGAAGUGACUGUGGCAUGCCAUAGGCAAACGUUUUGCUUUUUCCUUUAUGUUAUCAGUUUUGAUUUCAGUAUUUUUAUAUUUUUAUUAUUACUCUUUUAAAACUAAAUAGGGUCCGAGCUAGGAUUUUAUUUUAGAGGUUUAUUUUUACAUACAUUAGUUUAUUUAUGAAAAUUUGUUUUAUUUUUCAUUUUGUUUUAAGAAAGUUUUUAUUUUCCUUUUUAAGUAGUAAUAAUCUCAGUUUAGUAUAAAAAGUUAGGUCGUUACAAGUUGGUUAUAGCCUUGGCUCAGGUAUAUCAUAUCAUGGGUCUUUGCCGGUUGUAAGGGGAGAGCUUUUGGCGCUUUUGGCUGGUCUAAAGUUGAUUGAUAACCCCUUGGGUUGUCUGAUGUUUGGGUAGAGAUGGACGUUAAAGGCGUGGUUAAAAACUUUUAUAAUGUCUUUUAGAUUUUCUCCUUUGAGUGUGAUUCAUUUGAGUGUAUUACUUUGUUUAUGAGGUUAACUAUUGUUGGCCUUUUAGUUAUGCCCUCGUGGUUGUAUUGCAUUGCUCAUAAAUUGGAAAAUCAUGCUAUUGUCAAUUCGUCUACAGAUUUUUGGAUUGUGUCAGUUCCUCUCUUGAUUCUCAAAUUAUUGUUGAGUCAGAGAUGGUGUGAUGCCCAUUUUGUUUUCUGAAAUAUAAUAUAAACUGUUGCUUUUCUUAAAAAAAGAUUAUAAAACUUCGAAGAAAAAAUUUAUCCAUCACCCAACCUAGGAGAAGUUAUUGAAUGAAACCACUACAAUAUGAUAGUUCAUUAAAUACAAAAUUUGAAAAUUCAGAUGCCCUCUCCAUAACAUCUUUCCUUCGAAUACAAAUUUAUAUUAUACCUCUAUCAUUCAACGGUGUAAAACUAUCAACUAUAUAUCAUAGUGGUAUCAUCCAAUAACUUCUCCGCCAACAUGCAAAGCAUCAUGCAUUAAUUAUCAUCUACAUACAUCAACCAUUAUUGAGGUAGCAAGUUUUGAGAGGGACUCAAUAACUGUCCUCUGUUUGGCUACAGGUUCAACAAUAUCUUCAUUCGGAAUUGAAAAUCUCACUUUCAAAUUAGGCAACCGAGGAGCACUCCCAGGCUUUCUCAUGCAAGAUCUCAAGGACGUCCUCGUUGUUUUCCGUUUUCUGUCACCAUGGUCGCGGACAUUUUCGACAUCCUCCCUCGACAUAUCGGCACUAGGUACAUUGCCACAUUUGUAGCAGUCAUGCACAUGGGAAGAGGAAUACCUCACGGUUGAUCUCUUAUUGCCAACUCCGUGUGGAGGCAACAUUGACAACCACGACUCAACAUGAGCGUCUUCACCCGAUGACUUCAACUGGGAUCUACGGAGAUGAGUUAGGUGCUUUGGAGUUGUUCCCGCAUUUGACCUAAAAGGUAAGGAUGGUCUUGAGAAAGAGCGAGAUAGAGGCGACGACAACAGCGAUGGCAACGAGCCAUCAGGUGGAUGGUUGGUCUUCAAGAGGCGAUAGAGGGUACGUUUAGGGACAAGAAGGAAUACUUUUCCAGGGACCAAAAGGGAAUCAGACCUCACAACAAUCCAUGGAAAUUUAAAGACAUCAGGUCUUGUGAUGCAAAAUUUAGGAUAUUUUUCUAGGACCUCAGAGGCAAGUAUUGGUUUGGUAUAAGUCUCUAUGUGUUUUCCUGGAUGAAUUAUCUUUAAUACAUCUUUUUCUGAUCUUGUUGUUCUUCCCAUUUUAUUAUUUGGGAAUAUUUUGGAUUAGAAAGACAGAAAGUUGAGGGAAAAAGGGGAAUGUAUGAAGGGUUGAAGGUUGGAUUUUAUUUAUGAUGUGGAGACAAAAAGACAAGAAAAUAUGAGAUGAUAAUUCUUAUGUUUUGAAUCUUUGGUAAAAGUGAUUUAUUUUGAUUGGAAA